ACUAUCAAAACACUUUCUCGAACGUUUAAAAUGAGCUUUGUAAAACACCGCCGAAGACUUUUUACCUGCUAAUUUUCUCGCCUCGUGAUCUCACGACAACUUAAAUGCCUGAGAGGAAGAGUCUUUAAAGGAUUUAACACCAUGAUCGUAUCUUGUGAUAAAUCACAUGUGGAAGGGAAAGGUAAAAACCAUCUGGACAGUAAUGGACUCGUUGGGAAGUUUAACAGAAUGAAGUGCACCGUGUCUCCGGGGAAAAACGGCAUCUGUCGGUCUGUCGCACCUGUGAUAUUACCCGAGUCUGCCUGCGCCCGCAUCUCGCUGCCAGGUGUGAUGGACGCAGAAGGGCGAGUGGACGAAUCCAGGCUCAGGAUGCAUAUAUUUAAAAACGGUGGCGUGGACCCUAAAGAACGUGGUCUGGUAUGGCGCUUUCUGUUUGGCAUGUACCCCUGCAGCUCUACAGCUCUGGAGCGCCCCCUACUGCUGGAGCAGAUGGCGGUGCGCUAUCAAGUCAUGAAGAGGAAAUGGCAACAGCUGCUUCCUGGAGCCGUUUGUCUGCGCCUUAAUGGCACUGAUGCUGAACUGUCGAGAGCAGUGAAGUUUUUCGACCAAAGACAGGACAGAGAGCAGCAUAAACAGCAUUAUGAGUCAGAAGAGGACAGAGAAAUGAUGUCCUUUUUGCAACUCCAGGCUCAGGUGCUAUUUGAACGGGUAAACUUUGACUUGGAAGAGCUUCAGGAGGCUAUACGCAUCAUUGACAAAGAUGUUCCCCGAACCGAUCGAUAUCUUCCAUACUACCGGAAUGAAGGUUUGGGUAACCUGCUUGUGUUGAGAGAUAUCCUAAUCACAUAUGCUGCUUUUCACCCAGAAGUAAGUUACGCUCAGGGUAUGAAUGAUCUGUGCAGUCGCUUUUUGGAGGUGCUGGACUCAGAAGUGGACACUUACUGGAGCUUCUCCUGCUACAUGGAGAAGUUUUCCAAAGACUUCCAGGCUGAUGGACUGUAUCGCAAAAUGGAGUUGGAAGCUGCUUUACUGAAAGAGCUGGAUCCUCAACUACACUCUCAUCUGGUCACAGAAAACAUGGAAAAAAUCACUUUUUGUCAUAGGUGGCUUCUGUUAGGCUUCCAGCGGGAGUUUGAGCACAGCGAUGCUCUACGUCUGUUUGAGAUUCUCAGCUGUGAUCACCUGGAGCUCAUCUCAGAGCAGGUGGAUCGGGCUCGAUAUCAGGAGAGACUGGCACGCAGAUGCAGCCUGGAGGAUGAACCUAUGAUGGAGGUCCAGACCAUAAACCCAGACUUCACUUUUGAACUCUUCAUGUGUGCUGCCAUCUUGCUGGAGAACAGAGAAGCUUUGCUCAGCUGCAAAAAUGAAGCUCAGCUCAUACAGUUUACCAGCAGUCUGCAGGGCAAACUGGAUCUGAAUAGCACCCUGAAAAAAACUGAGGAACAUUUUUACAACUACUGCAAACGCUCAGCCUGGAACUAUUUGAGUGGUCACUGUCGCAUGCGCAAGAGCAAAGAGGACCACUUUUUAUAUCAACUCCGUAACCUUUUCUCAUGAGACCGAAAGGCCUACAUGGAAUUUUCUAAAAAAACGGUUUUGUUGACAGAAACCCAUGAAAAAAUGUGACAUUAUGUUCCAUUGGGACUUUCAUUUUAUUCUAAAGAAUGAUGCUGCUUUUAACCAGAGUUUUGUACAGGAACCAGAUGGACUCCUUCAGUAUGUAAUCUUAAUUUGUAUGGCUUCUAUUGUGUUGCCAGAAUUUAUGAAAGACGAACUCAAAACACUAAUCAAAUUAGAUAAUCAAAUAAGAAUUGUAUAUAACUUUUAACUUGACGCGUUUGGGAAUUUAUAGAUAUUUGAUAGUACUGAAGACUUGAUUAAAGAAAUAGUUCACCCAAAGAUGGAAAUCUGCUAAAAAAUGUACUCACCCUAAGAGCAUGCAAGAUGUAGAUGAGAUUGUUUCUUCAUCAGAACUAGGGUUGCAAAGGGGUGGAACAUUUCCGGUAAAUUUCUGGAAGCCUUCCAAAAAAAAAGUUCCAAAAGAACGUUUCCACUAUUUCCUGGAAAUUUUCAAAAUCUUUGCAACAGAACAGAUUUGGAGAAAUUUAAUAUUGCAUUUGCUUACCAAUGGAUCCUCUGCGGUGAAUGGGGCCGUCAGAAUGGAAGUCCAAAUGGCAGAUGCUGAAGUGAUGCUGAAUUUCUUCAAAUCUGUUCCCACUAAGAAACACGCCUUGGGAUGGUCUGAGGAUGAGUACAUUUUCAUCAAAUUUCCAUUUUUGGGUGAACUAUUCCAUUAAGCUUAUUGACUGCAGAGAUGCUCUUUUUAAGGUGAAGAAUGUAAUGUUAAAAUUUGUUUCAUUUUUGUGCAGGAUUUUGUAGUGCGCUACGGCUUUGAAAACAGAAAGCCGAAAUCUUUAUUGCUGAUCUAAGCGAGAUCUGAGUUGUGAGUAUUAUUCAGUCUCAGAAACAUCUGGUGCUUGCGUAUUGGUCGCAUUAGAGCACAAUAUAAUAAUAGAAACGCAGUCUCAGUUCUGAGAAGCUCUAGAAGACCC